UCCGCGGUGGUUUGAAAUCACGUUGACGGCAAAUUUCCAUAAACUGUCGUUGUCAUCAAAAAGCCAGAGCCUCAAGGACUAUCAGACUGGACCUAAUAACAGACUGGGACUCCGCGACAAGCGCCAGACCAUUGCUUAUUACCAGAAAUAAUGCUGAUAACUGGGACUCAUGUCGGACGUCGUGUAUGAAGAAAGAGCCACGAUGAUUGCCGCAGGGGAAUUGCAGUCGUUUGUCCCAUUUGGCCGUGAGCACUGCAAAAACCAUCCCAACGCCUUCAACCUGCAGCUCAGAGAGCUUCAACCAGCCUCUGAGCUCUGGUCGUCAGACGGUGCUGCUGGCCUGGUGGGGUCCUUGCAAGAAGUCAGUCUGCAGGAGAGAGACAGAGAGUCCUGGCAGCUGAGGAAGGGUCAUGUCAGUGUAGGGGAGGAGGAUGUGGAGUUUGAAGAGGAGCUCUACACAGCUGGAAACGUGGUCGUCUGGAGUCAUGGCAGUCGAACGGAGGCCUCCAACGUCUACAAGGCCUUUACAGUCGACAGUCCCGUGCAGCAGGCUUUAUGGUGUGACUUUGCUGUUUCGGACAGUAAGAAAGACGAGGAAAAAGUGGAACACACAGUUUGCAUUGUUCAGUCCUGCUGCAUCAAUGUUCACACAGUUGCUGGGAAGGAUUUUCUUUCACCACUGCCUUUCCAAGUCUUAAAGGUCUGGCCCACCAAGUUUGGACUUUUGUUGGAGCGAAAAACCACAGCAGCUGAUUCUCAGCACUGCCCUCCAGGCGAAUCUCUGCCCACGGUGUUCAGCAUGCUGCAUCCGAUAGACGAGAUCGCACCAGUGGUGUACAAAGCCACAGGACAGAUUGAUGGAUCCCGUGUGGACUAUGUGGCUGACUCCUCAAUGAGAAUUGUGUUCAGCUGCUCAGAACCAUCUAUAGUGAUCUCCUAUGAUACUGUACAGGGAACACACUCGGUCUGGACACUGCGCAAGGUCACCCAUGAAGAGCGUUCCACCGUGCUGCGCUGUCCAACAGAACCAGCUGCUUUCACAUUGAGUCUCAUGGCGACAGGAGUUUUGACGGCACAUCUGCGUAACGUUCUGCGCCUGGACACCCCUGACGGCGGUCGGGCAUCAGGACUCACUGCAACAAGCUCUCCUCUACCCUUCAGCUCCCUCCACAACCACCCAGCCAGAAACAUCACUUCAUCACCGGGGAUACACUCCCGCGUUCACUCUCCAAGUAUAUCUAAUAUGGCCGCCCUCAGCCGUGCUCACUCUCCAGGCAUGGCAGCGCCGUCCUUGUCUGGCGUGGCUCGCUUUAAUACGUCCUUCAACAGCCAGUCCUGUAGGGGACCGCACGGCUUUCAACCCUCUCCAAACAGCACCGUCAACGAGACUCUGCUGCAGCCCGAAAUGGAGCCGAUUGUACCAGACCUCUGUAUGGACCAGCUAUGGAGCGAGACAGUGUCUACCGGGGGUCAGAGAGAAAUGAGCAGCCAAGCGUCUAAAGUGUUCCUGACGUCCGACCUCUGUGAGAGCCGAUUCCUCUGUUUCCUCGUGGAAUCUCACCAGCAGCUCAGAUGUGUGAAAUUUAUGGAGAGCAAUGAUGCUUCUCAGCUCAUCUUCGCCUCCGUGACCACCAUUCCUGCCAAAGAUGCAGAGCCGCUGCAGAGUAUUGGUGCCAUGUUGGUUCUUGAGGCAUGUGGAAGUCUGGUCCUCUACACAGGCGUCACCAGAGUCAGUAAAGUGUUCGUGCCUGGCCUCACCCUCAGCCUGACCAACCCUCCGAGUCAGCACAGCACCCCAGUAGAGAACUUUAGCACCCCGGCUAACGCUGGCAGGAGGCAUCUCCAUAGGUUGGAUGAGGCUGCAAUGCCUUCCCCUGUGCUGGAGCAAAGACGUUCAAGCUUGAAACACGAAACGUCGUUUUUGGACGAUUACACAUUCCAGCAGCCGACAAACUACAUUUCCGCUUUAAGAGACCCUGUGUGCAACAGGGUCACUCUGGAACUAAGUAGCGGCACAAUGCUGAGGAUGACCAUUCCACAGAUUGCUACCUCAGAGUUGGUUAAUAAGUGCCUUCAAACCAUUCGUUUCAUUCUGCCCAAAGAGUCAGCAAUGAAGGUGCUAGUAAAGUGGUACAACGUCUACCACGCUCUGGGAGGAACCAGCGCUCACGCCGAGUGGAAUCUGUUCGUCACCUGCUUCAUGUCACUCAUGGGCUACAGCACUGAACGGCUGUCUUGGACACGAAAUCUGCACUUCGAAGUUCCUCGAUCUCCCGUGAUUGCAGCCAAGAAGGCUCGUCCAUCUGACGGCGGCUCUGAUGAGGACUGGGAAUACUUGCUGGGAUCUCAGUUCCACCACCAGAUGGACUCCUGGUCUCUCUGUGAACCUCUUGACACAAGUUUCACCAACAUGGUGGACACUCCAGAUCCUGAAAUGAUGUCCACUGCGUCUCCACCCCCUAAUUCGUCUCUCAAGCUGGACACAUCAGCCCCUCUCUUCGCCCACAUCCCUGCUCUUUUCUACGUUCUUCAUCUGCUCUAUCAAGAGCUGCAGCUGAACGAGCUGCUGCGAGGAAGAGCUUCAUCACUUGUCUGCCUGCUACACCAGCUCGCCAGAGAUCUGCAGUUGGAAGAGUAUGUGGACAUGUACUGGAGAGAUUAUCCGUUAUUAAUCACUGGCUUGACUGAGAGCUGCAGCAUAGACCCAGCUCUGAUUGUUCAAAUGCAGCACCCAUCCUUUCUGCGAGCCGAGCCUCCAUGCGUGUUCCGCUGGCUCAGUCGAUGCCUGAGAGGUGAAGAGAACACACCUUUUCCACAUCUGCCUGGCAUCUGUCAGCGAACCAGACUUCUCAUCCUGAGUUACGCUCUGUACAUCAACGGUGACGAGAAUGCAACACAGUCAAACGUGUCCAAGUACCUGAUCAGACUCUCUGCAGGUCAAAGGUCGUGUUGCAGUGAACAGCCCUAUAGAAGGGAAAACCACUGGAAUGACAAAUUCACUAGUAGGACUUUGGCAGAGCAACUUGUUGUCUGGCUCACCUCUGAAGGUUUCACUCUGAAGGACAUUGAGUCGGUUCCAUUCGGUGUUGCUCUGCCCAUCAGAGAAGCCAUUUACCGCUGUCGGGAGCAACCUUGUUCCCACUGGUCAGAGGAGGUCUGCUUGCUGAUUGGACGGCAGGAUCUGACAAAACAAGCGAACAAAAUGACUUUGGCUCGGAGCAGAGCUUCUGUUGGAUCGGGAUUGUCGCUGGAGCCCUCAGCAAGCUCAGAAGCAGAUGAUGAGGAGGAUGGGAUGUCUGACAUUAUCCAAGAGGUCACAGGAUUGAUCUGGAGUCAAGAUCUGAGGGUCCAGGAAGUGCGGAGGCUCCUGCAGAGCUCAAGACCCGUUCGAGUCAGUGUCAUCCAACUCCCAGAAGUCUCAGACCACGAGUACAUUGAAGAGAAAGAGAACAAACUUCUUCAACUGUGUCAGAGGACAAUGGCACUUCCUGUGGGCAGAGGUCUUUUCACGCUUUUUUCCUAUCAUCCAGUACCAACUGAACCACUGCCUGUGCCUAAACUCAACCUGACAGGGCGAGCGCCUCCCAGGAACACGAUGGUGGACCUGAACAGUGGGAACAUUGAUGUUCCACCAAACAUGACCAGCUGGCCCAGUUUUCAUAAUGGUGUGGCUGCUGGACUGAAGAUUGCCCCAGCUUCACAGGUGGAUUCAGCAUGGAUUGCUUACAAUAAACCGAAAAGUCUGGAGCUUGCAAAUGAGUAUGCUGGCUUCCUGAUGGCCCUGGGUUUGAACGGGCACCUCACUAAACUGGCGACGCUCAACAUACACGACUACCUCAACAAGAAUCAUGAGAUGACCAGCAUCGGUCUGCUGCUGGGUGUGUCUGCUGCCAGAUUGGGCACCAUGGAUAUGUCAAUCACCCGCCUGCUGAGCAUUCACAUCCCUGCUCUUCUGCCUCCGACGUCCACUGAGCUGGAUGUCCCUCACAAUGUUCAGAUCGCUGCUGUCAUGGGCAUUGGUCUGGUCUACCAGGGGACUGGACAUCGGCACAAUGCGGAGGUUUUGCUCUCUGAAAUUGGUCGGCCUCCAGGUCCUGAGAUGGAAUGCUGCACUGACAGAGAAUCUUACUCCCUCGCUGCUGGACUAGCUUUGGGCAUGGUCUGUCUGGGACAUGGCAGCAACCUGAUUGGAAUGACAGACCUGAACGUUCCUGAGCAGCUGUACCAGUACAUGGUCGGAGGUCACCGUCGGGCGCAGGCUGGAGCCAACAGGGAGAGACACAAGUCCCCGAGUUACCAAAUUAAGGAGGGUGACACCAUAAAUGUCGAUGUUACAUGUCCCGGAGCAACUCUAGCUCUCGCCAUGAUCUACCUCAAGACCAACAACAAGUCCAUUGCUGAUUGGCUGAAGCCUCCCGACACUUGGUUCUUGCUAGAUUUCAUCAAGCCAGAGUUUCUUCUCCUCAGGACCCUUGCGAGGUGCAUCAUCAUGUGGGAUGACAUCCUCCCAAGCACAGAGUGGGUUAAAAGUAAUAUUCCUAAGAUCAUGAGAGCGACCUUUGACUCUUCAGAAGACAUAAACGUGGAGACUAUGGCACAAGCGCAAGACUACAUCACCGCUGGGGCCUGUUUGGCUUUGGGUUUACGCUUUGCUGGAUCAGCAAAUUCAGAGGCCUUCAACUGCCUGUAUGAGUUUGCCAAAACCCUGAAAAUCAUGACCUUCUCAGGAACAGCAGCUGUGCAAACAGGAUAUUACAAUCUUCAGACCAGCUUGUCCAUGAUUCUGCUGGCCAUGUCCAUGGUGAUGUCUGGCACUGGCAACCUCGAGGUUCUGCAGUUGUGCCGCUUUUUCCACAAGCGAACCGGGGGAGAGAUGAACUACGGCUUUCACAUGGCCCAUCACAUGGCACUCGGCCUGCUGUUCCUUGGUGGUGGGAGGUACACGUUGAGCACCUCCAACUCAGCCAUCGCUGCUCUUCUCUGUGCCCUGUACCCGCAUUUCCCUGCCCACAGUACUGACAACCGUUAUCACUUGCAGGCUCUGCGCCACCUAGCUGUGCUGGCUGCAGAGCCCCGUCUGCUGGUCCCGGUGGACGUGGACACCCAGAAACCUUGCUAUGCUCUCCUGGAGGUCUCAUACAAGGAGACCAAGUGGUACAAGGACACCGCCGUAGAGCUGAUGGCUCCCACAAUGCUGCCCGAGCUCCACCUCCUCAAAGAGGUGAAGGUGAAGGGGCCGCGUUAUUGGGAGCUUUCUAUUGAUCUGAGCAAGGAAACGCAGCAUCUGAAGUCCAUCCUCUCCAGGGACGGGGUUUUGUAUGUCAAACUGAGGGCGGGGCAGCUGCCAUACAAAGACGACCCCCAUGGGUGGAAGAGUCUGUUGUCUUCUUCUGUUACCCAGCGCCACUCUGGAGUACAGGCUUUCAAGCCUGAGUCCAUCUCCACCUUCACUUCUGAUCCCGCACUGUUGUUAUUUGCAGAGUUCUUCUGCAAGACCAAGGAUGGGGCAAACCACAGGGCGGACUCGCCCUCCUUGUUUCCCACCAUGCUGUGCGAGUGUGUGACGCAGGAGUGUCCGGAGAUGUUGCCCACCUACAUUGCCAUUGAGCAGGCCGUCGGCGCUCUCUGUCAAUGCCACCUUCCUCAGACCUUCCCAUCGUGGCAGCUGCGCCUGGUGGUGGACUACUGGGAGAGCCGCGUCCAUCGAGGUCCCACCAACUGCACCGUCGCCCUGCUGACCUCCGAGUUUUUACCAGUCAUGAAGAGCAAGGUGGACGUCACUCUGGACGUCUGGCUCAAAGAGAACAGCUCAGCGUUGACCUCCUACAUCAGGGGACAGAGCCUCACUCACGACAGACAGUGCAGCAUGUUGGCUUGCUUCCUGGUGUACCGAUCCAUCCCCUGCCUGAGGAGCGCACUGACACUGCUGGAAGGGUUCACAUCGGUGGGAGACUUGUUGUCACGCAGCAGACGGUUGGGAAUCCCAGUGAGAGACCUGCUGAGACUGGUGCCUUUCUUACUCGGCAACUCAACUGGACUUCAGUGUUCAGUGGCCUAAGCCUGCUACCCUGCAUCAGUCUGGUGUCUCUCUCUCUCUGUCUCUCCCUCUCUCUCUUUCCCUCUCUCUCUCUCUCUCUCCCUCUCUCCCCCCCCCCUCUCUCUCUCUCUCCCUGCCUCCCUCUCUCUCUCUCCCAGUGCUCAUCCUGACAGACUGUUUUCUGCGACUGUAGAAUUUAUUUUAUUUUUUUUACAUCUCAAGGUGGUGUUAGAGCAGUGUCGGAGGCCCAGUGUGAACUGUGGACUGGUAAAACAACACAUAGUUGGACUUGACACUAGUCCCUGUGUAUUCAGUGUGAACUGAGGGGAAAAUAAAAUGCUGCAAGGUUGUUUUGAUAAGAAUUGUUUGGCCAGCGUUCAUUGCAAUCCAAUCUUUUUUUUUUCAACCACAAAAGAAGUGAGAAAAAGACAUUAAGUUAAAACCAGACUUUGAGCUGGAAUCUGCUUCAAACCCUUGACGAUCAAGGGUCCAAAGCUGGUGAUGAAGGACACCACCUGGAGGUGUGGAUGCUCCCACACACGAUCACCAGGAGGGCUGGGAGCUGGUCUGUCACUGCUGCCGCUCCUUGUUCGUCCUGUGAUGGAGUUGAGGAGGUGGAGUGUCCCCUCAUGUCUGACAUGGAAAACAUUCCUUCACACGCUCAAACGAAACGAUCUUUGUGUCUCAUCAUCUGAGCUGCAUGUAUAAGCAGAAGACACACGGUGAAAUGGUCCAGUAUUUUGCGCCGUCAAACACCCCCCCUCUCAGACGUCUGAGAUGACCCCAACAGUUGCGGGGACCUAACUGAGUCUGGAACCUUGAUGCCGUCGUCGCAGGUGGCUGUGCUCCGUCUGUUUGAAGUUUGUUGGACCUCCAGUUGUGAAAAACCCAGUGAAUAAUCUUGCCUGAGAAUCGUCCUGGCCUGCAUCUAUCACUCAUUUCAAAGGAAGCUGCAGUGGCGCUCUGAAAGCUGAUCAAAUUCUGCUGACGCUGCUCGAAGCAUUUCAACUUUCUCAUGGGAACGAAAGGCUCACAGUGAUGUGUGUGCGCGCCGCUGGUCACAUGACCAGCUCAGUAGUCCAGGUGAGCGUGUCACAGGCCACCGAUCUUGAUCUUGUUUCAGUGGAAGUAUGCUUUUUAUCUGUAUGUUCUGUUUUAGUUUCCUUAUCAUUCACUUCUCUCUCAUUCUGAUCAAAACAAUUACUGGAAGGUUAUACCUUUCACUUCUACUGUGUUAAAAUGUGUUGCGAUCUUUUUUGGUGAAAGCUUUUCCAGUCGCUGUGAUGUGUGUAUUCGUCUUUCAAGAAUGCGCGCUCAUUCAAACCCAGCUGGGGAAGCAGAAGUGGGUGUGCCGUUUACAAACUUCAAUGGUGUGUUUGUAGAUAACUGACAGCGACUCUGAAGAUUGUGGCUGUGGUCACAUUAGCUGAGGCGCUCUACUGAACUGUGAAAAAUGCGGAGGACAAGCGCACAACAUGUGAGCUGGGACUGAUGCUAGUGAGGGACUAACAAGCCUGGGUGUUGACUGUGCCUGAGUCUGGACAGGACUGUGCAAAACAGGAAUGACUGGAGCAUCAUGGGUGUCUGUUUCAGAGUCGAGCGGCAGAUGAAGAGGAGGACGAAGAUCAGAGGCCGCGGCGCCCGGCUGGAUCACCGGACCUCACCGUGACUCUGACUCACCUGGGACCAGUUAAACCACCCUGGGUUUUCUUGUCUCAUGCAGACUGAAGCUUCCCUCCAGAGAGACUGUGCUGGGACUCAGUGGUGCCCAACUCAAGUGCUCUAUGUUUCACCCCCGGUCAGAGUGGAGCGAUGGCUGGUGUGAGCCACGACUCAGCAGUGCUGCAGGCCCUGACAGCUCUGGAGGACUUUGGCUGAUGGUCCAAGCCCCGCCCUGAAAGUGAUCCAUUGUUUCUGAAGAAGUCAUGCCUUCCUUCCUUCACGUUCAGCCCAAGGUAGCCAUGAACAGAAAACAGAAGAAGGCAUGGACAUUCAUGGCCUCGGCUUCCGGAAGGUGUCAUCGGAAGCGUCCGUCAGAACGAGGCGACAUCAAAUCACGUCGGGCCGUAAAGGGUGAGGCCACAGUGUAACUGCACUUGGUUUACGGCCCCGUGGCCGACUGUUUGUUAAACUGUCAUCGCGAUAUUAACUGUCGCCUCGGAAAAACAUUGGUUCCCGAUCGCUCCAAAGUGGACCCCGGGUCUGGGAAGGAACCACCAUGCAGCCCACACCCAGCAGCACGCCCCUCGCCGUCGCGCCACACACUCGCGCUGGGAGGUUUGGAUGGAACUGAGUGUGGCUGCGUCACCAGGAGCACGAAGUGAUGCUCAGCUCACAGCAGAGAUUCACUGGAACUUUCUUGAGCGCUUCUUGACAUCUCCAGUUCAGGACACGUUUGAAGGAAACGGCAUCACCUCUCCACUCACUACUGGAGAUGACCGACUGUUUCAAGCAUCUGUGGUCCACAGUGCUUUGCCAAGUCACUGAGUGCGGACCGGCAAAAGGCCAUGAGGAGAAAUACAAGUCAACCCACUGCACAGGACUGCAGUACACUAUAGUGCUGACCUGCUCAUGCAGGUAGCUGAGGCUGAGGAACAUCGCUAUCAGCAGAGACCUGGAUGGGAGUGCGGUGACGCACAUGAGCCUGACGCAGAUAAGCAUGACAACACUCUCUCACGAGAAACCUGCGCGCCACACUGAGAGUGUUUCUGCUGCAUUCGUUUGUGAAGAGAAACGAUGUCUCGGAUGUCUUCAAUCCGAGACAUUGCUGUCCCGGCGAGAGAUCCAGGAAUGACCCCAAGUGAGCGGCUGGUGUUUAGAGCCUCACCGUCCCGCGGGCAGAGGGCCAACACUGUUUCUCUGGGCCCGUGACCCGAGGGUAGGAACCCGCCGUCGUCCUCCCCUCCGUCCCACACGCACCUGGUCAGGACCUCUGAUGGCCACUCCCCUUUCCCCAGCCCUCUCACCUUAAACACGUGACUCACCUGAACCUGGACCGAAGUGGAACCCAGCUAGAAUCAACCCCUCCUUUUAACCCUCAUUGUGUUGCUGCACCAAAUUGUUUCUCAAAUUUUGCUUUUUAAAAACAUUUUUCUAAAGUAUUUCUGUAGUAUCCGGUUACGCAUUGUUAAUAACUUGCUCAUUUCAAUAUAUAAAAAAUGCACAUUUGGUCAUGGCCGGGCUGACGGACACUUGUCCAGGAGCUCCCCAUGAUGUGGCCGCGCGCGCGCGCGCACACACGCGUCUCCCGUGGGAAUGCUUUCCUGAACGGAGAACCUUCCGUUUGACAUCGGUACGUUCCAAAACGGAACCUCCGAUCCAAUUAGAAAAUGUGAUGUUGUUUUUCUGAUUGCUUUAUCUUUUUCACGGAGAUAUUGUGAGUAUUCGCUCAUGAACAAAGAAAAACACGCCCCUUGUUUGUCUUUCUUUUUUCUGCGCUCUUUUUGUGGGCUAACUACCAAAUCCCCGUGAGCUUCUCUCCCUUCCAGCGGCGCGGCUCGCCUGACUGACGGGCUCCGACAGAGACAGGUGGGACCUCGCCUCCCAGGCCUUGUCAGUGGUUCAGACCCUCAGAGGACACUCGCUCCUUUGAUGGUCAGGUGAAACUUGCUGAGGCACCUUCACGCGUGGCUCUCCAGCCGCCAGCUCGCGGAAGGACUUCUGAAUCUUAACUAGGUUUUGCAGCAAAGUUUGACUACACUUCGAAAUAUAUAAAUCUGCCCAAUAAAAAAGAGCAACGUCCUGAGACUCAGAUCCCGCCCCUUUACCUACAAAACUUCAGCCGUCGAUCAAACGGCGUCGUGGGCGACUCGCGCAAGUGCGGCCAACGGCUUUGCACCGGAGGCGCGCGCAGCAAAGGUUUCACCAAGAAUGGGGAACGCGCUUCUUCUUUACCGAUGUGUCUCAUCCACGCUGCGCCAGGCACGAGACUCAUGGUGUGAAUGUGGUCUGUCCCACAGACGAAAUGACCCGCCCCACUUGCACACUGACCUGUUUCUCGCUCUUACUUCUACAGAGUUGAGGAUCAGGUCAUGGCGCGCUAUGUUUGUAUUCCAAGUCCAAAUCUAGCUUUACAUUUUAUUGUCAUCGUUUUUUAGUUUUUUGUUUGUUUGUUUCUUGCAAAGCGAUAAAAAACGUCUUGUACAAUUGAGUGCAUCGGUAAACAUCGCGGUGCAUGAGCAGCUCUCCGCAGGUCUAAAGGUGGAGACCCCUGGCGUGAGGUUGGGAACAGCCUUGAGUGUGUGCGUGCUCCCCGGAAGCCAGCGUGUCCCACCCGACACCGUGCGACCGCCAGCUGGAGUCAACACGGAGUCUGAUCUGACCAAGACCCGAGAAGAAUGCUGCUGCUGCUGCUGCCGCCGGCGGCAUUUUGAGUGGUCCACUGCCACAUCUAGUGCAGUGAUGCUUCCUGAGCGGCUUGCUGGGUGCAGUGGCCCAGACCCUCGCGGGGUCCUGAGAGGAGUCAGGGGAGAGAACGUACCGUCAGGAGGCUCCAGGCGUGUUCCGGCAGAGAGAGGCGGCGCGCGGCCCCGGCCCGUGCACUCUAACGCGCGGCUGUGCGCUUUGAGGAGCAGAGGAGGAGAACAGUCCUGCGGAAACACAGCCGGCUUCAGCGGAGAACAUGUGACGUCACCAGGCAGGGAAUCAGGGAUCUCAACUUCAAGUGAGUCGCUCUUCAGCAACACACCAGCAGCUCCAGAUAACGACUCGAGCUGAGUCAUAACCAGUAUCUCAACGCUGAGUGGAGGAUUGACACUCAGGAGUCACGGAAGAGUCAUAAUCAUUGAGAAGCCGCGGACUCCAAAGCACCCGAGGCUUGGGAUCCGAGCUGCUCA